AUGCCGCGUCAGAACAAGAAGGCCGACGACAAGAAGGUCGCCGUUGCACCGGCACCAACCAUGAUUCCUGCUCCCACAGCAGGAGUUAUUCCUCAACCUCCCAUUCCCAUCGGCGUCAACCAGCGCGUUGUUGACAAUGAGAGCUUCCUCCGUGUCCGCGACUCGGCUGUUGGCCGCCUGAGCACCAUUUUGGAGCUCCUGCGAUCUUUCACCCAGGACUACAUUCGCCAGACCAAUCUCUUGCUUGGUGAGCCCACCGCUGAAGGUCAGGUUGAUCUUCUCAGCUCUUUCGAGACUGCUGCAGCCCAGCUCAUGAUGCCCGUCGGUGCCGAGAUGGCUGCCCCUGUUGAGGAGAAGAAGGAGCGCAAGAAGCGAACUCAUGAUCCCAAUGCCCCCAAGCGCCCUCUCACUCCUUACUUCCUGUAUAUGCAGCAUGCCCGUUCAAUCAUCGCCAAUGACCUUGGUUCUGAGGCCCCCAAGGGCGCUGUUCAGGAGGAGGGCCAGCGCCGAUGGGCCAACAUGAGCCCGACAGAGAAGAAGGGCUGGAACACCGCUUACCAGUACAACCUGCGUCUCUACAACGCCCGUGUUCACUCCUACAAGAAUGGCAACCCCCUUGCCAAGAACAUGAGCGAUGAGGAGGCCCUCAAGUAUGCCGAUGACUUCCAGGUCCCCAUGCCAACUAUCAAGGACGAAUCUGCUCAAGAGGCUCCUGCCAAUGAUCAGGAUGCCAUUGCCGAGCAGCUCCAGGACGAGGCCAAGACUCCCAAGAAGGCCGCUCCUCGCAAGCGCAAGACUGCCACUCCUGCUGCUGACACCACUAUCACUGAGACGGCCAAGGCCACUCCUGCCAGCCCCGAUAAGAAGCGAAGACGCACUUCCACCAAGCCCACAGAGGACAAAGAGGAGCCCAAGAAGUCUGGACGCAAGAAGACUAAGAGCUCUUAG